AGUCAGGUUCUGAUGAAAAUCAGCAGCCCUCCCUUGAAGCCCAACCAUCUGCUGAAGACAAGGCUGAGUCCCAAUGCGAAUGGACCAAGUGGAAGGAAUCACUCUUGUUCUUGGCUUGGGCUGGCUGCAGUCCCAAUGCGAAUGGACCAAGUGGAAGGAAUCACUCUUCAUGGUCAAAGAUGCUCAGGGGAACGAGCUUCCUGUCCUCUUGGAUGAGAAGCACGAAUCCCCAGUGACUUUUCUAAAUGCAUUGAAGUUCUGCAAGAAGUGGCGCAAGCACAAAGAGGAAGAACAGUUGUAUGUUGCCUUUGUUCGUCCUGCUCAGGUGCCUUCUACUUUUGCGGCUAAUACCACUACUACUUUGAUUGAUGAUCCUACUUCUGGCGGGUGCAAGGUCUUCUCCAAGAUCGAUCUCAAGUCUGGCGACAACCAGAUUGAAGUUGAUCCUGCGGACCAGCACAAGACUGCGUUCAAGACAGGCGACGGGCUUUAUGAGUUCACCGUAAUGCCCUUCGGUCUUACGAACGCACCAGCCACUUUCGAAAGCCUCAUGGACAAGGUCCUCCGCGAACAGAUUGGCCGGUUUGUGGUAGUGUACCUUGAUGACAUUCUAAUCUUCAGCAAGUCUAUGGAGGAACACCUCAAGCAUCUUGAGGAGGUGCUCGCUAUCCUCAAGAAGACGCAGCUCCAUCUCAACUUAGAGAAAUCUAAGUUUGGGAAGGAUAGCGUCAUCUAUCUUGGGCACCGGUUGUCUGUUGCAGGCCUAGAGCCUGAGUCAACCAAGAUUGAGGUCAUACGUGAUUGGCCUCAACCUGCGAACAUUCGCGAAUUGCGUUGUUUCCUUGGUCUCGCGUCGUUCAUAAGUGCAAAUUGGAAAGACUUCACCUCCCAGACGGACGACAUGAAACUCAAGGUGACAUCUGGUCGACACCCCGAAGCCAAUGGACUGGCCGAGGAGAUCAACCAGACCGUAAUCCAACUUCUCAGGGCUCUUAUCGUGCCUGACCAGAACUCUUGGGAUGAGGAGUUGCCGAUUGUGCAGGGGUUGUACAACAACUCUGUCCACUCCUCCACCGGGAUGACACCUAACCGGCUGCACCUCGGAUGGAAAAUCCGCAAUCCUCUAUCCUAUCUAUUCCCGGAACAGCCAUUUGGCCUAACACUUGGCCAGCCAGGCUACAAUGCUAAGUACGAUCGUUUGCUUAAAGUCGCUGUCGCAGCUGUGGAAAGGCGCCGCAGUGCCAUGAUUAAGCAUGCAAACAAAAAGCGCCAGCCUGAGCCCUUCACCGUGGGAAGUUAUGUCUGGGUCAAGAUGUCUGAGUUUUCUGAAGAAGAAGGCGUAUCACGGAAACUUCUUCCUCAGUACUACGGUCCCUGGAAGGUGCUGAACGAGUAGGUAAUGAUUCCUUCGGUCCUUCCUACACGAUUGAUGUGCCUGCUCAUUUGCGCACAUACCUAGUCUUUCACGCAUCAAAGUUAUUUCCGUAUGAGCCACCUGAGACGUUCAAGUACCGAGAAACGAUGACUCCCCGCGCAAUCAAUGGCGGUCACAAGG